UUUGUCGGGUGGAAAUUCAAAACUCUCUCUCUCUCUAUCUCAUCAUCUCAAUGAAUGUCUCCAAACUUUUCUCUGUCUAGGUUCUCACCAUGUGUCACUUUCGGUAUUUUUUACAGGAAAACUCCACGUUAACCCACUUAACUUAACACUCACUAAACUCAACUCAACUCAAGAAGAAGAUAAUCUAGGAAGGACGGAAUGUGCCCAUAACUCCCUGGACGAACAACGAGAAGAAUGAAGAAUAAAAGGAGUGAAAUUAAGAAGCUUUAGCCAGAUCAAAAUAGUUCCACCGAUAAUAAUAAAUAAUAGAGAAAGAGAUAUUACGAGAGACCAGAAGAGUUGGUUAGCAGUACUAGCAUGAGUUAGGAGUGGUAGAGUGAGACAAUAAAGUAGAGAGGGGAGGGUGGGAAGUGUGCAUAAACAAUUCUGCAAAUGUCAAAAGAUUCUGAGGAGAUAAAAACCAUAGAGCAGUGGAAAUGGUCAGAAAUGCAAGGCCUUGAGCUUGUUCCUGAUGCUGCAACUUCACAACAACAACAAGACCAAGUUCCAAGGGAAAUGGAGACUGCUCGUGAACAACCCAACAAAGAUGCUGCUGCUGCUGCGGUUACUGUGAACGGUGGUUCCAUUGGUGGGGAGAAGGCAGAGAGUGUUCCCUCUGUUGGGUUCGGAGAGCUUUUCAGAUUCGCUGAUGGGUUGGAUUAUGUUCUCAUGGGAAUUGGAACGGUUGGAGCAGUUGUGCACGGCUGUUCACUGCCUAUAUUUCUUCGCUUCUUUGCGGAUCUUGUCAAUUCCUUUGGCUCCAAUGCUAAUGAUGUGGACAAGAUGACUCAGGAAGUGGUUAAGUAUGCAUUUUACUUCCUGGUGGUGGGGGCUGCAAUAUGGGCAUCAUCCUGGGCAGAGAUUUCGUGUUGGAUGUGGAGUGGGGAGCGUCAAUCCACCAAGAUGAGAAUCAAGUAUCUGGAGACUGCGUUGAACCAGGACAUUCAGUUCUUCGACACCGAUGUGCGGACUUCCGAUGUUGUUUUCGCCAUCAACAGCGAUGCUGUCAUGGUCCAGGAUGCCAUUAGUGAGAAGUUGGGGAAUUUCAUCCACUACAUGGCUACGUUUGUUUCUGGCUUUGUUGUGGGUUUCACUGCUGUGUGGCAAUUGGCUCUGGUCACUCUUGCUGUUGUUCCUAUGAUAGCUGUGAUUGGAGGCAUUCACACCACCACCUUGGCCAAGCUCUCUGGCAAGAGCCAGGAAGCUCUCGCUCAAGCUGGCAACAUUGUGGAACAGACGGUUGCACAAAUCCGAGUGGUGCUGGCCUUCGUUGGGGAGUCCAGAGCAUUACAGGCCUAUUCAUCAGCCUUGAGGGUUGCACAGAAGCUUGGUUACAAAACUGGGUUUGCGAAGGGAAUGGGAUUGGGGGCCACCUACUUUGUUGUUUUCUGCUGUUAUGCGCUUCUGCUAUGGUAUGGAGGUUAUCUUGUUAGGCACCAUGCCACCAAUGGAGGACUUGCCAUUGCAACCAUGUUUGCUGUCAUGAUCGGUGGAUUGGGUUUGGGGCAAUCUGCACCAAGCAUGGCUGCAUUUACGAAGGCCAGAGUAGCUGCUGCAAAGAUUUUCCGUAUAAUUGAUCACAAGCCGAGUAUUGAUAGAAAUAGCGAAUCUGGCAUUGAACUAGAGACUGUUACUGGACUUGUGGAACUGAAAAAUGUAGACUUUUCUUACCCAUCUAGGCCAGAGGUUCGGAUCCUCAAUGAUUUCUCCUUGAAUGUGCCUGCUGGCAAAACCAUAGCUCUCGUGGGUAGCAGCGGCUCUGGUAAGAGCACUGUUGUCUCCCUCAUUGAGAGAUUCUAUGACCCAACUUCAGGACAAGUUCUAUUAGAUGGGCAUGACAUUAAAACUUUGAAGCUUAGAUGGUUGAGGCAGCAGAUAGGAUUAGUGAGCCAAGAGCCAGCUUUGUUUGCAACCACAAUACGAGAAAAUAUACUGUUGGGUAGGCCUGAUGCAAACCAGGUUGAGAUUGAAGAAGCUGCUAGGGUUGCUAAUGCGCAUUCCUUCAUCAUUAAACUUCCUGAAGGCUAUGAAACCCAGGUCGGAGAAAGAGGGCUGCAACUUUCUGGAGGGCAAAAACAGAGAAUAGCAAUAGCAAGGGCAAUGCUGAAAAACCCUGCAAUUCUUCUCCUAGAUGAAGCAACAAGUGCAUUGGACUCAGAGUCAGAAAAACUGGUGCAAGAAGCCCUUGACCGGUUCAUGAUUGGCAGAACAACUCUUGUCAUUGCCCAUCGCCUCUCCACAAUUCGCAAAGCUGAUCUUGUUGCUGUUCUUCAGCAAGGAAGUGUUUCUGAAAUUGGAACUCAUGAUGAGCUGUUCUCAAAAGGUGAAAAUGGAGUCUAUGCCAAGCUUAUAAAGAUGCAGGAGAUGGCUCAUGAAACUGCCAUGAGUAAUGCCAGAAAGAGCAGUGCAAGGCCUUCAAGUGCCAGAAACUCUGUCAGCUCACCAAUAAUUGCUAGGAAUUCUUCUUACGGACGGUCACCAUACUCGCGUAGGCUGUCUGAUUUCUCUACAUCUGAUUUUAGUCUCUCCCUAGAUGCAUCACAUUCAAAUUACAGGCUUGAAAAGCUGGCUUUCAAGGAGCAAGCUAGUUCCUUCUGGAGACUUGCAAAAAUGAACUCUCCCGAAUGGCUUUAUGCUUUGAUUGGCUCCAUAGGAUCUGUUAUUUGUGGAUCUCUCAGUGCCUUCUUUGCUUAUGUUCUUAGUGCUGUCCUCAGUGUGUACUACAAUCCAGACCACAGAUACAUGAUCCGUGAAAUAGAAAAGUACUGUUACUUGUUGAUUGGACUUUCAUCAACCGCACUUCUCUUCAACACACUGCAACAUUUCUUCUGGGACAUUGUUGGGGAAAAUCUUACCAAACGUGUGAGGGAGAAAAUGCUUACGGCGGUGCUAAAAAAUGAAAUGGCGUGGUUUGAUCAGGAGGAAAAUGAGAGUGCCAGGAUUGCCGCAAGGCUGGCUCUUGAUGCCAACAAUGUCAGAUCAGCCAUUGGAGAUCGAAUUUCAGUAAUUGUGCAGAACACUGCACUUAUGCUAGUUGCCUGUACUGCAGGCUUUGUGUUGCAGUGGCGCCUUGCCCUUGUCCUCGUAGCUGUCUUCCCUAUUGUUGUUGCAGCCACUGUUUUGCAGAAAAUGUUUAUGACUGGUUUCUCUGGUGACCUGGAAGCUGCUCAUGCGAAGGCUACACAACUAGCAGGAGAAGCUAUAGCCAAUGUAAGGACUGUUGCAGCCUUCAAUUCAGAAAGAAAAAUUGUGGGUCUUUUCACCUCCAAUCUCCAGGCUCCACUAAAGCGUUGCUUUUGGAAGGGACAAAUUUCUGGAAGUGGAUAUGGUGUAGCUCAGUUUGCACUUUAUGCUUCCUAUGCACUUGGUCUUUGGUAUGCUUCUUGGCUAGUGAAGCAUGGCAUCUCUGACUUCUCUAAAACAAUCCGAGUUUUUAUGGUCCUAAUGGUUUCUGCAAACGGUGCUGCUGAAACUUUAACACUUGCUCCUGACUUUAUCAAAGGAGGCCGAGCCAUGAAGUCAGUCUUUGAACUCCUUGACCGUAGGACUGAAAUUGAACCCGAUGAUCAAGAUGCCACUCCUUUUCCUGAUCGUCUCCGUGGUGAAGUUGAACUUAAGCAUGUAGAUUUCUUCUAUCCAACUCGCCCUGACAUGCCAGUUUUUCGAGACCUCAGUCUUCGUGCAAGGGCUGGCAAAACUCUUGCCCUUGUAGGACCUAGUGGCUGUGGUAAGAGCUCAGUUAUUGCACUUAUACAGAGAUUCUAUGAUCCAACAUCUGGUCGGGUCAUGAUUGAUGGCAAGGACAUAAGGAAAUACAAUCUGAAGUCCUUAAGAAGGCACAUUUCAGUGGUACCUCAGGAGCCAUGCUUGUUUGCUACUACAAUUUAUGAAAACAUUGCUUAUGGGCAUGAGUCAGCCAGUGAAGCUGAGAUAAUUGAAGCUGCAACUCUUGCCAAUGCACACAAGUUCAUAUCUGCUUUGCCUGAUGGAUACAAAACAUUUGUUGGGGAGAGAGGUGUUCAGCUAUCAGGAGGACAAAAGCAAAGAAUAGCAGUAGCUCGAGCUUUUGUGAGGAAAGCUGAGCUUAUGCUUCUUGAUGAGGCCACAAGUGCACUUGAUGCUGAAUCUGAGAGGUCGGUUCAGGAGGCUCUAGACCGUGCCUCCUCUGGAAAAACAACCAUCAUCGUUGCACACAGGCUAUCAACUAUAAGGAAUGCCAAUCUGAUUGCUGUGAUUGAUGAUGGCAAAGUGGCUGAGCAAGGCUCCCAUUCACAGUUGUUGAAAAAUCACCCCGAUGGGAUUUAUGCACGCAUGAUUCAGUUGCAAAGGUUCACACACACCCAAGUCAUUGGAAUGGCCUCAGGUUCAAGUUCUUCAACAAGACCAAAAGAUGAUGAAAGAGAAGGCUAGCCAUUCAAAUGAUAUUACCAGCUACAGGAUUAUUAGCCAUAUACCCAUUAUAAUUAUUGGCAUUUUUGCUUUGACCAUAGUAUAGUUUGUGUAUCAUCCCUACCCCCUCUUUCCUUUCCAAUUCAAGAAUGUAUCUUCUUGUCUUUAUGAAUGUUACUAAGGAAAAUGACAGACAAAUACAGGAACGAUAUUGAAAUGGAUGAACCUAUGCUCAUCCUUUUUAAUUUAUUCAAGGCAACUUUUCCUCCAAA